GGUGACAGAUCGUCGGCCACCGAGUGAUAUUCCGUUCUCUCCGUGCGUAGGCAGCAACGAUACGCCUGUCUCCUUAUUUGUUUCUAUUCGAUUAUUCAGCAUCACCGCGGCUCCUCAGAUUUUCAGAGAAAAAUGACGGACGGGCUUCCCACCGCGCUGUGCUUCCUCGAGCUCAUCGUCUUCUUCUGCUGCGACUUCUUCUACGCCAAGAAGCUGAACGAGCAGAAAAACGCCCACCCCGAGCUGGACGACUGCGCGCCCAACGAAUCCCCCGAUCUCGACACGAUCGCCGUCUUGGACUCCCUCACCGCCACCGCGGUCGACUUAUACCAGCACGAGCGGGAGCGCUUCACUGGCGUACCUGCACCCGCCAACGCACGCGACUACGCCUUCAUUGAUGAGCACGGGCCCUCCGCCGCCACUGCAGCUGCGAUGAACCGGUCGGACGCAGCAGACAACGUCGGCAGCAACAACAUAGUGCACGCCGUCGUCGUGGUCUGCGGGGUCGUGGCGCCCGUCUUGACGCUUCUCCUUGUUCUCCUACCGUCGGUCUUCGGCUGGACGCGGCUGCACGUGCCCUCGGUGUUGUCCUACCUCGCCGCGGUGCCGGGCCUGGCCGCCGCCGGCCUCUACGCGAUGCGCGCCUACGAUCUGACGCAGGUCUUCGAUGUGACGAAGACGGAGUGGAUGGCGAUGAUGUGGUUCCGGCUGGACUUCAUGUUCAUCAUGGCCGCCGUGGCGCUGCUUGGCCUCGGGGCGUGGGCGAUCACCGGGUGCAUGCUCGCCGUCGCCAUGUACCUCGCCCACCGCGUCAUGAAAAUGGAGAAGCAGCUCAAUCGAGUGCAGCGACACACACAGCUGGUGCGGGGAGAGGUGGAUGUGGAGCGGGUGCUGGUGCCCGGUUCUGCGGAGUCGAAGAAGGCCGCCGGCAUCAACGAGGGGUACAGCGCGCUUGCGUAG